UAUUUUAAUUUAUCACUUAUCAACGUCAAUAAGUUUUGUAAAUACGAAAAUCAGAAGCAAGGAUUUUCCUUCUCAAAAUAUAUUCUAGGCAUGAAAAUGUAUAUAAAUUACGAAAUGAGAAAACUGUGUUACCUAUUCGAAAAAUUCGAAGCAUGGCAGUAUAGUUUUACGUCGUCGGUACAAAGUUCACCUAAAACACAUAUGAUUUCUCUAAUUUUCUAUGCUUUCAUUUAACCUGGUGUAUUUAAUUUAAAUCUUUUUCAUCCAAGCAUCGAUAUCAUAAUAUGACCGCAUCCCUGAACAUUGAUGCUGAGAAGGAAAUUGAAGAUCCCGUCGAGCGAAUGUUACAGAAAACCGGUUGCAUAGAAUUGCAUUAUCAAGUUCAAGAAUGUAUAGCUGAACAUCAAGAUUGGAGAAAGUGUCAGAAUGAAGUAACAAAGUUUAAAGAAUGUAUGGCUAAAUAUACAAAACAACAAGAACUAAGACAAUGAUUAGUGAUAGCUGUUUGUAAUUGUAAAAGAUUGUAAAAAAAUGUAUUUCAUAAGUAAAUAUAUCAGAUCUUUCUUAUCACCCAUUUGGAAUGGAGAGAAAUGUAAAAUGGUGAUAGUGGUUCGUUCAGAUUUACCUAUGGGAAAAGGUAAAACUGCUGCUCAAUGCGCUCACGCUGCGCUAGAAUGCUGUCGUCAGACCUUCAAUAAUGAAAAGAAACGAUUAAUGUUUCAAUCCUGGUUACAAGUAGGACAACCUAAAAUUAUUGUUAAAAUACCAAAUGAACAAGAGUUAUUAACCUUGGCAGAUAAAGCUCAACGCGCUGGUUUAAUUACUGCCAUAAUAAGAGAUGCUGGUAAAACACAAUUGAGGCCUGGCACAGUCACAGUUGUUGGUAUAGGACCUGGAUCUAAUGAAGUUAUUGACAGUCUUACAUCAAAAUUAAGAUUAUUAUAAAUUUGUAUUAAUUAUAAACUUAUAUAAAUUAAAAGGAAUACUUA